ACAAGAGCUGUUGCAGUAAUGGGGAAAAUGAGGCAAAAACUUGGGGUCAUGUCCCAGACAAUAUGCCCCACUUCCCGGGCUUCAUCCGACACAGACUUAAAGGCAGCAAAUGGAAAGAAAGAAGAAAAAAUGCAGAUGAAGAGGGAAAUCUCCCUGAUCAACGGGAUCUGCCUCAUUGUGGGCAACAUGAUUGGCUCUGGGAUCUUCAUCUCGCCAAAGGGGGUCCUGAUGUACAGCGCUUCCUAUGGGUUGUCGCUGCUCAUCUGGGCGCUUGGCGGCUGCUUCUCUGUGUUUGGGGCCCUGUGCUAUGCAGAGCUUGGCACGACCAUCACCAAAUCUGGUGCCAGCUAUGCCUACAUCCUCGAGUCGUUUGGCGAGUUCCUGGCCUUCAUCCGUCUGUGGACAUCCAUCCUGCUGAUUGAACCGGCCAGCCAGGCGGUGAUCUCUCUGACCUUUGCCAACUACCUGGUGGAGGCUUUCUACCCCACCUGCCAGCCCCCGUAUGAUGCCGUCCGCCUCAUCGCUGCUGCCUGCCUCUGUAUGCUCAUCUUCAUAAACUGUGCAUAUGUGAAGUGGGGGACUCUGGUUCAGGACCUCUUUACUUACGCCAAGCUCAUGGCCCUCAUCCUCAUCAUCACUGUAGGAAUCCUGAAAAUAUGUAACGGAGAAACAAAGAACCUUGAUAAUCCGUUUGAGGGUUCGUCCACCGAGCCUGGUGCCAUCGCUCUGGCCCUGUACUCUGCGCUCUUCUCCUACUCGGGCUGGGACACACUGAACUUUGUCACCGAGGAGAUUCAGAACCCAGAGAGGAACCUGCCCCUGGCCAUUGCCAUCUCCAUGCCCAUCGUGACCAUCAUCUACCUGUUGACCAAUGUGGCAUACUAUGUGGUCCUGGACAUGCCAUCUCUGCUGUCCAGUGACGCUGUCGCUGUGACUUUUGGGAAUGCAGCCCUGGGACAUUUCAAGUGGAUCAUCCCUAUUUCAGUAGCUAUGUCCUGCUAUGGGGGACUCAAUGCAUCUAUCAUUGCUGCCUCCAGGUUGUUUUUCGUUGGGGCCAGAGAGGGCCACCUCCCUGACAGUCUGAGUCUGAUCCACUUAGACCGCUUCACACCAAUACCUGCACUCUUAUUCAACGGAUUAAUGGGUCUGAUCUUCCUGUGUGUGGAGGACGUGUUCCUGCUCAUCAACUACUUCAGCUUCAGCUACUGGCUCUAUGUGGGCCUGUCUGUGGCCGGCCUCAUCUACCUGCGCUUCACUCAGCCAGACAGACACAGGCCUGUUAAGCUGACCCUGUUCGUCCCCUUCAUCUACUGCCUGUGCAGCCUGUUCUUAGUCAUUGUCCCCCUGUACGGAGACACCAUCAACUCCCUCAUAGGUAUCGGCAUCGCCCUGUCUGGAGUGCCGGUCUACUAUCUGACCAUUUACCUGCCUGAGGAGAGGAGGCCCAGAUUCAUAAGCAGAUUAAACGCCUUUGCCACCAAAUACACCCAGAUCCUCUGCUACUCCUGCUUGACUGAACUGGACACUGAGAUGUAGAAACAAACAGAAGAUUAAACACACUGACCUGCAGCUCUUCCCAGACGCCCGUCCCACCACCCCAGUUCUGCCAGAGGCCCCAAUGCAUGGACGCUCACAUGACCAGAGCGCAGAAGACACAAGGCCU